AUGCUCUGUAUUUUCUCCCAGAUUCGCAAGCGUUUUAGAGAUUGUGGAGUUGAUAACAGUGCUGCCGCUGCACUCUGCUACAUGGUUCUUAAUGGAGCGUCCAUAAACCUAGAUAAUUCCAAAUGUCGAACACCGCUAUAUUACAUCAAGAAUGCUGAGCUGAAGAAGACCUUGAAGAAGAUCGCUCGUGAAAAGAGAGCUGGUGGUACGUCAUCAUGGGAUGACUUCGGGGAAGACGAGUCCAUCAUUGUUGACGACGAUGAUAUUUCUGUAAAGCGAAACGAUGGUCUGAGCGGCACAGAUAAAGGCUCUCCAAAUCGGAUAAGACAGGACUCAGCUGAGAGAGAAAGUGGAGCUCAAUAUCCGGCAGGAAACCAAAAGAAAACUGGCAAGCCAACAAUUGAAGGACUCUGCAUCGUCCGUAACCAGUUCGUAGGCGGUUGA